AUGGCCUGGGUCAUCGGCUUCCGGAGAGAAGUAUGGCGGCCUCCUGGUGCCAGUGGCUGGGACGCAGGACUCCUUGUGCCUUUGUCAGAUGAGGGAGGGCCUUGCUGCCUGUCACCUAACUAUAAAGUACAUGGAUUUGCCCAGGAUGCCAGACGCGCACGCACACAUAGCAGGGGGAUUGUUUGCGUUUGCUUGAAAGUCCAGAAAUCCUGCCUGGCACUCUGGGCCACCCUCCCCCUCAGCCAGCGGGGAGAGGGCCGGGCUGGGCUGGGCUGGGCAGAGGGAGGCAGGGAGGGCUGGCUACUCUCUGCCGUCCUGAUUCUCUGGUUUCUGUCUCCUGCCCCCAGGUCUGGCCUCUUGGGCCUGCCCCCACCGACUCCGCUGCCUAAGGCUCAGGACCCCCCUGCCAGCAGCCACCAUGGCUGGGCCCCUGAGGAAGAGGACCGAAAGGUGACACAGCUGGAAACGGACCCCCCACCUCCCCACAGUGGAGAUGGCCCCCCUAAGCUGCCCCCACCCCUGGUACCACCGCCGCCUGCCGGAAGCCUGCCCCCCUACCCACCGUACUUUGAAGGCGCCCCCUUCCCGCAACCCCUCUGGCUGAGACACACAUACGGCCAGUGGGUGCCGCAGCCCCCGCCCAGGGCCAUCAAGCGGACACGGAGGCGCCUGUCCCGAAACCAAGCCCCAGGACGGCUCAUCCUGAGCACCAUCCGCCUGAGGCCCCGCCGGGUGCUGUGUGAGAAGUGCCAGAGCACGCUGAGCCCCGAGCAGGCCCGCCCCGGCCAGCCAGCUGCCCCCUCAGCACCACGCAGGAGGCUGGGCAGCGGCCCUGACCGUGAGCCACGGAAGCACGAGGCCCCCGACGCUGCCGUUGCCACCUCAGCCCCAGCUAGGAGGGGCAAGAGGGAAGAGGAGCGGGCGCCUGGGGAACUGGUGGCCCGGAGCCCAGUCAUCACCAUCUCCUACAGCACACCUCAGGGCACCGGCGAGGUGGUGAAAAUCCCCUCCCGGGUGCACGGCUCCUUGGAGCCCUUCUGCCCCCCACAGGUGCCACUCGGGGGCAGCCAGGACCCAGAGGCGCGAGAUGCUGAGCCCAGGGCUGGCGGGGACAGGCCGCCUGCCACACCCACGGCCUCCAUCCCAAAGCUGAAGCUGACACGGCCGGCGCCACCUGGCCUGGAUGCGCCCCCUCCCAAGAUCCGCCUGAAGCCGCACCGCCCAGGGGCUGGUGAGCAGGAGCCCGUGUACAGGGCCGAGCUGGUGGAGGUGCUGAAUGGCCACUCAGCCAGCCCCCCUGCGCCCUUCGCGAACGGCUCCUCCCACGACAGGCUGGUGGACAUGUCCUCCGGAAGUUCCGGUGAAGAGGACGACUUCAAGCGGUUUCCCCGAGGCAAACCCGGGCGGGACGGCCUGGCCUUUCUCGUCAACUACCCGCCAAGGAAGGCCGAUUCUGCGAGUGAGUCCGUGUGCAGCAGCGACAGCCUCGACGAGUCCAAGUCGUCCAGCUCGGAGGUCACAUCAGCAGACGCAUGCGAGCUCUCACCUGGUGAUGGCGUGCCUGUGCCUUCCUCCUCCAAAGACACACGCCCCGCAGUCCCACGCCUAACGGUGAGGCUGCACACACAGAGUGUGUCCACGUGCGUGACCGAGGACGGCAGGACCGUGGCUGUGGGGGACAUCGUGUGGGGUAAGAUUCACGGCUUUCCCUGGUGGCCAGCACGUGUACUUGACAUCAACCUUAGCCAGAAGGAGCACGGGGAGCCUUCUUGGCAAGAAGCGAAAGUCUCGUGGUUUGGUUCUCCAACUACAUCAUUCUUGCCUCUUUCGAAACUGGCCCCUUUCUCUGAAUUUUUCAAACUGAGAUUUAACCGUAAGAAGAAGGGGAUGUACCGGAAAGCUAUCACCGAGGCUGCAAACGCCGCACGACACGUGGCCCCAGAGAUCAGGGAGCUCUUAACCCAGUUUGAAACGUAACUGUUCCCCAGACCAGCUCCCUGACAUUGAGGGCACAGCUACCCUCCUGCACCCCAUCCCGUCUGUGGGACCAGCCGCUGUGGAAAUCAUGAGGGGCAGGUCAGCCCAGCGGGAGACCCGGGAGGAGCGCUCAUCGGGGAUGAGGAUGAGCCGGGGCACCGCGCCUCCCAGCUGAAUGUGUCUACUCCUGUGACUAGGACUUUGACUCUUCUGUCACAGAACAAGCAGAACUGAGUAACGCCUGCUGUGCUGCCUCUGCUUCACGUUCAGGCGCUGGGCGGUGGGGGGCAGGCCUGGCCCUCGGCGGCGGCACUCACUGGGCGGCUCAGCUCAGGGCCCCUGCAGGCAACACCGAAACCAGGUCGCACAUUUGGGUUUUCCUUCCCCAAGCCAGGGCAACUGGGAGCCUGCCCACCCUCCCUACCGCGUCCCUCUCGGAGCCUGGGUCCCUGGGGCGUCCAUCUGGGUCCGUGAGGCUGCUCUGUCCCCCAGAUGCUGCUGAGUCCCAGUGGGGGUCGGGGGGGUGUCCCUCCGAAACAGACUGAAAUGUUAAUGUAAAGGAAACAGCUGGCUCUGUCGUCUGCAGUAGUGCGUCCCUGUCCCCCUUUGUCCCUUUAA